CACCAAACUCCAACCCAGAUAUCUCAAACAGUUAUAAUGACUACCAUCGCACAACCUACACAAGUAGCAGCCCCAUCCGGACAACUCCAUUCAGGCCACGACCACCUCCUCCCCCUCCUGCGCACAUACUUCACCCUCAACCUGCGCGCCGAUCAAAAACGCACAAUCGUCCACCAACACUUGCAACACAAUCGCUAUCGAAACGUCGUUCACGGACCGCCUUAUGAGCGCUCCGAACACUGGUCCCGCCUGCUCUCCGCAGCAGCACUAGAAUUCGAGGGCGUAGAGCAAGAAUGGCGCGAACGCGAUGACGGGCUGACCGAGGAUUUUGAAGAGCGGGUGCGCAGCGGGAUUGAGUCGCUGGAGAGGUUAUUGUCGGAGAUGGAGGGGGUUGAGUAAGUUGAAAUGAGGGUCUUGGUCGGGACGGGAGUUAGGAUAUAAGGGUGUGAUUAGGGAGUUUCAGACGAUUUUUUUCAGCUGUGUGUGUGUGUGUGUGUUUGCGGGGUUAAUUUCGUCUUGGAGUAAUGAAGACAUGGGACAAGGCGACGUUCAUCAUGCUACGGGGCUAGCUAGAUAUAGGGAAUCUACAUGUUACUGUUGA